GGUGAAGAUAAGGUGAAUAAAUGUGAGCGCCCCUUAGAAUAAAUGAUUAAUAGAGGGUUUAUCGAGGGUUCUUGGCCUAGCCUUGUCGCCAUCUUGCCCUCUUCCUAGGAUACCCUCUCUCUCUAGCCAUCUCUCAUCUUCUGCUCAUAUCUCAGUAGCAGACACAGAAAUACUCAGACUUACUCUGUAAUCCUCACCCCGCACACAGACCUACAUUGCAUCUCUAUAUGCAGUUCAGCCCUAUUUCCAUCCAAUGACGAUCCGACCCGAUUCCCGAUCUCGGAUCCGAACUACCCGCCGCCUCUCCCCCUGCUACCGCCACCCCGACGAUCCAAUCACCGGCAUUUGCGCCUCCUGCCUCCGAGAGCGACUCUCCGGCCUCGACGCCUCCGCCCCCGCCCCCAAUGCCGCCUCGCCGGAGCUCCGCCGCUGCAGGUCAGUGGCUUCUACUUCCAGAUGCGAAGCAUCCUCCAGCGGCCUCAACGAGCCCAGGCGGAAGUCGUGCGACGUCGUUUCGGCUAGGGGAUCGCUGUCUAAUCUGUUCGAUGCGGACGAUCUGAAGAGCGGAUCGGGGAGUGAGGCGAAGGUUGAAUCGAAGAAUUUAGGGCUUUUGAGAGACGCUUGCACUGUGAUCGAGCCGCGGAAGAAGAAUCAGGAUAGGGUUAGGGUUUCGGAUGGGGGAUUUGGGAGUUUGAAUGUCGGUUGUGAUAAUAGGGAUGAGGAGGUCGAGGAAGGGGAAUUUAAGUCGAUGAAAGAGUAUAUAGAUCUCGAAUUUGGGAAUAAGAGUAAGAAAACUAAGGAUUUGAGAGAUAUUGCUGGGAAUAUCUUUGGAGCAGCAUCGGUGUUCAGUAAGAAACUGCGCAUGUGGAGGCAAAAGAAUAGCAAGAUAAAAGAGAAUAAAAACAAUGCUAUUGUUGCUGGCAAUGAUGGACGAAAUUUCGAGGAAAAUCACUGUGAGAUUAUGGGGAGAAGAUCCUGUGACAUUGAACCGAGGUUUUCAGUUGAUGGUGGUCGGAUUUCGUUCGAGGAGCCGAGAGCUUCGUGGGAUGGGUAUAUGAUAGCAAGAACAAUCCCGAGGCUGGCUCCAAUGUUCUCUGCUGUUGAGAGUGGAAUCUUAGGGAAUGCUAGCAGGUUUGAGAAUCACAGAUUGUCGGUUGAUAGGCCAAUGCAAUCAAUCAUAGAGAAUGAGAGUAGUUCUGGAGCUUCGGGUUCUGGCCACUCAAAUUCAGAUUCCUCCUCAUCCAUGAGGCGCAGUAGCUUUGAUCGGUCUAGCUCUGUUAGGAGCUUCGGAAAGAAAGGGAUAAGUUUGGAGGAUCAUGGAGUGUCCUCCCCUGCAAACGUGAAGUUGGUGAUCACGGAGAAGGAGUUAAAAGAUUGGCGAUUGAGUUCUGGUAAAGCUGAUGAACUAGAAAAGCUUGGAUCCACGCCAGGAAAUGUUGCUGUCGUUGGUGGUGGUAACAUGAAUGCAUCAGCGAAGAAAUCUGUUAGGUGGCGUAAAGUCUGCAACGUGCUUGGCUUCAGAAACAAGAAUUGCGAGAAUGUAGGUGAGACCUUAAAAGUGGAUGCAGUCAGGGAUGCUGCUCGUGAGAAGCAAGCAAAGGAGGCUAGUGAGCUUCUGAGAGACGUUGGGGAUUGGAAGCUGGCACGAAGCAGUAGUGUUGCUGCUUCAAGAAAGUCAUGUGAUGGCCUGGGAUCAUAUUAUGCAAGGAGGAGUGUUGACAGUGCAGGUGGAUUCACUCUCAGUGAGAAGGGGAAUUUCAAGCUGGAAAGAAACAGGAGCACGAAAUUCCCCUCUGUUGAUCUUGAUAACGGUGUUACACCCUUCUACAUGACACCAUUGCGCAGCAUGAGGAAUAGCAAGUCCGGGAAGUUCAAAUUCCAGAACUCACACUCCAUUGCUGGGAAUCUCUUGCAAUUAAACUGACUGGAGGUAGCCAAAUUAUUCUCAGCAUGGUUAUUGUUUUGUGAGCUAUAUGGAAUUUUACUUUCCUUUUGUGCACCAAAGUAUGUAAUACUGUCACAUAAACUGUUUGCAAAGCUCUUUUGUCAACACGAAAGUAGAAGUUUCUUCGUU